GGUCAGUUUCUGUGAAAUCGUCUCAAGUCAAAGAAGAAUCCAAUAAUUCUGUUCUCCACUAAGUGUCACUACAAACAAUAAUGAUCUCAGACGAACGAACAUCGAAGGCUAUAGAUAUACCAAAAAAACGGAAGUACCAUCAAGAUAACCUUGGCGACAGAGUUGGUGAAUAUAACCUUCCCGAGACAAGGAAUGGCAGGCAUGCCUCGAGAAGAUUUCAAACGAAAUGUGGUACCAUAGAUAUAAACACUGCAGCGACAUUGAAACCGACGAAAACAGCUUGGAGAGUUCAGCCAUGCAAAAUCAAUUGUGAAAAGUUGAAGAAUGUGAAUUCUUGUGGACGUGCAAGGAUGGCGAAAGAUAUUUUGACUAGUAUGGUCAAUGAGGAACUCGAUGAAGGGGAAAUGGCGGACACUGAAGAUAUUCAUGUAACGACCUGGAGGAAACACCAAUCGAUGCGGGGCAAAAACAAGUAUAGAAUGAGAGUGGCCGAGAUAGUUUAAACUAGACAUGCAGUCACUACUGAUUUGAAGACAUGUAGUAGAGGUAUGUUGGUAUACGGAAUGGGCCUAUUCAAGAGAAGCAGAAGUAUGAUAAGCGAGACAGAAUGAAGGAUGAAGGAUGAAGGAAUUGUAUUUCGAAAUCCCAUCCUUGGUUUAUGGGAUAUCUCAUAAUCCCAUUCCAUGAACAUUGGCCAAAGACAUGCAAGACCUUCCGAGGAAAUUUCCAGGACA